CUGCACAUGGGCGGGGCUCUGCUGAGCGGGCGGUGUCUCGGGCGCUCUGGCUCGUACUCUCCGCUGGCUGUAAAGCCGCGGCUGACGGAGCUGCUGGGCCUGGCAGGUAGGUUCCGUGCGCUGGCAGCUGGACAGCCGCGAGUGGGAGGACCCGCGGGCGGUCGCGAGGAUCCCCGGGUGCCCGGCGCCGGUUCAGUCCUCGCCCUUAUCUGAUGGUAGAUCCUGCCUCCAAGUGACAGACACAACCAUUGUUUAUUGGGUCACAUACCAGGGGCUGCGAUGGACCUGGUUCUCAGUGCCGCCGAUUACUACUUCUUCACUCCGUAUGUAUAUCCAGCCACGUGGCCCGAGGACAACAUCAUCCGACAAACUAUUAGCCUCCUGAUUGUCACAAACCUGGGUGCUUACAUUCUCUACUUCUUCUGUGCAACCCUCAGCUAUUAUUUUGUCUAUGAUCAUUCCUUAAUGAAACACCCACAGUUUUUAAAGAACCAAGUCUCGCGUGAGAUCGUGUUCACUGUCAAGUCUUUGCCUUGGAUCAGCAUCCCCACCGUCUCACUGUUCCUGCUGGAGCUGAGGGGUUACAGCAAACUCUACGAUGACAUCGGAGACUUUCCAAAUGGCUGGAUUCAUCUCAUGGUUAGCGUCGUAUCCUUCCUCUUUUUCACAGACAUGUUGAUCUACUGGAUUCAUAGGGGCCUGCACCACAGACUGGUCUACAAGCGCAUACAUAAACCACAUCAUAUUUGGAAGAUCCCCACGCCGUUUGCAAGUCAUGCUUUUCACCCUGUGGACGGCUUCCUUCAGAGUCUGCCUUACCAUAUAUACCCCUUUGUCUUUCCACUGCACAAGGUGGUCUACUUAGGUUUAUAUGUCUUGGUUAAUGUCUGGACAAUUUCUAUUCAUGAUGGUGAUUUUCGGGUUCCCCAGAUCUUAAGGCCAUUUAUUAACGGGUCAGCUCACCACACAGACCACCACAUGUUCUUUGACUAUAACUAUGGACAGUAUUUCACAUUGUGGGAUAGAAUUGGAGGCUCUUUUAAACAUCCUUCCUCUUUUGAAGGGAAAGGACCACAUAGUUACGUGAAGAACAUGACAGAAAAAGAAUCUAACAGCUUUGCAGAAAACGGCUGUAAAGGCAAAAAAGUAGGCAAUGGAGAGUUUACAAAGAAUAAGUAGAUUAUUGCCCAGUUAUUAACUAUUUUAAAUAAGAAAAUAAUCUACACAGUCAAGAUACCUAGCAAAUAAGUGGUGCCAUUGGAAUGUCAGCAUUGCUUGAGUGUCAUGCUGAGGGAUGGUCCUGACAGUAAACAGCGGGAAGACACCGGGAGCAUUGUAAUCGCUUGGUUAAUUGUCCGACAUUGGUCCAGGAACAACUUGUCUUUUCAGCCGGCUGACCUGCAGCCUGUACAGCUCUGAAGCAUCUUUAAAUACGAUAGAAAAUAAGCUACUCAAGAAGCUGGUCUGUGUCCUUUUGCCUUAGUCCAUGCAUACUCAUUAAGGAAAAAAAGUACCAUUGUGCUAAACGCUACUGAGACUAACCAGGAAACCCUAACGAUGAAGAUGGUCCUGUCCCGGGAGCGGCUGGCUCCACCGAAGUGCUGGGGAGUUGCAGGACUUCAUUCAAAUAGGAAUAUCAGUCCAAGCAAGCUGAUACGUGAGUGGCAGUGGAUAGGAUUUGCUUAAUGGCUGAUGUAAUAAGAUUGUACUUCCUAUACAGAGGCACCUUACUCUCUGGGGCAUUAUCAGAUUUUAAUAAAUGAAUAAAUAAAUGGUAUUUUUUUUAAAUGUCAGCUCUUCCAUAAUUCAGUCUAGAUAGGAGAUUAUUUAACUGAAGAUCUUGGUGAGUGUCAUUUUUUUUUCUUUUUUCUUUUUUUGGUUUUUCAAGACAGGGUUUCUCUGUGUAGCCCUGGCUGUCCUGGAACUCUGUAGACUGGGCUGGCCUCGAACUCAGAGAUCUGCCUGCCCUUGCUGGGAUCAGAGGUGUGCACCACCACUGCCCAGCUUGAAGUGUGUCAUUUAAAACCACUGUUUAAUAACCCUACAGACAUGAAUCUGGAUAAUGCUAGGUAUAAACUUGUGGCACCCAGUGACAUCUUUUUUUAAUCAAGUGGACACACUUUUGAUGUAUUUCUCAGUUACAAAGCUGACUUUUUUUUAAUGAAGGGAAUAAUUGCCAAGUACUUAAAUCUACCUGAGGUACACUUUUAAACCUCAUCUUCUAUUUCUUCCCUCUCUUCUGCAAAUGAACAAAACAAAACAUAAAGGUGGUUGUUGUAAGCUAAGUAUAUUUGUGGAGGGAGAAGAUAUGUUUUUAUAAAGUUAUUCUAAUGGCUAUUUGUGCAAAAAAAAAAAACACCAAUAAAAGUUGAUCAUAACUGCUAUUAUCCACUUAAAUGUUAUAGCACAAAACGUCCUUUGUGCAUUGGGGUCACUUUGAAGGCGUAGAGGUGAUGUGGGUUAUAAAAUCUGACAGCAUCCCAGAUGCUCAGAGUCACACUGCACUGUGUGCAAACAUCACUCAUUGCAACCGUCUCUUUCUCAUUUGUUAGUUGACUUUACCAAGUGCUCUAAGGAAGUGGAAACCAGAAGGAACGAAGCUCUGUGUUAGGAUCUAGGCUUCCCAUUUCUUGGGUACAACCCACUAGAACCCUGGGGUUUGAAUACAUCAGCAUCACUAAGACAUGGACUGAUUAGGAUGUUGGAUGAAUCUGGCACCUAGCUCUUAGCAGUGUGCUGUGCAUACAAAAGGAUCCUUAAGAUACACUGUUUGGUACUACAUCAAGGAACGGUAAACCCCAUCCCACCACCACCACCAAAUGGGACAUCUCCAUCAUCCCUAACCCCCGAAGGAAGAGGAGGCAGAGAGAUUGAGAGCAGAGACCAGGGAAGAUGCUGCAAGUCUCUAGACAUGAGGGGGCCUUUGUGCUCGUAAGCUCACUAUAGCUGUGGCUGUCGAUAUAUGAACCAGCCAGUCAGCAUUCCAGAGUGGUUGGGGUCAUGGAUGGGGUGUGGGGGUUGAGAGGGUCCCACCUCCAGCUGGGAGCUUUUGACAGUUGAUGAUUGCUUGAGAAGGGAGAGUCCGUUUGCAGUGGUGCAAUCUCUAAGUUGCUUUUGCACCACUGGGUUACCUCCCAGGCCAAGGCCUGUUCUGAUUGGACUCUGGCUUAUAAAGUAAAAGAAGAUAGGAAAAUUGGAGAGGGAUGAGGAGGGGUCUGGGGAAGUUUGGGUAUGAGAAAGGUAGAGUGGAUAUGAUCGAAAUGCGAGGGGUGUGUAUGUGUGUGUGUGUAUAAUAAAGAAUAGCUAAAUAAAAUUUCAGAGGCACCUGAGCGUUUAGCCUUCAGUUUCACCUCAGGAGUCCCCAAGAGUUAGGACAUGUGAGUCAGAGCAGUUGCCCUUCGCACCCUUGCUCUCUCCCACCCACGGGGGCUGAGUCGCUGCCGCCCAGUAGGAUCAAGCACAAAGACGGUGGCUCCUGUUUUCUGGGUUCUGUGAUGGUUGAGGUCGGUCUUCUGCUAGGCCCUCAGUAGGAGUUCGGUGGAGGAGCCUGCCCUCCCUUCAUGCUGGAGGGUGAAAGACAUGAAGAUGAGUUACAGAAAUAUGUAAGUAAAAUCGAAAACAAGACACUGAUCACUGUGAAUUAUCUUGAAUGGGAUAAAAUUGCUAGUAUUUUUGUUGCUGUAGCAUUCUUUUUAAAAAUGUGCCAUAAACAGUCUAUAGUAAAAUUGAGAGACAAAAAUAGAAGCCUGUCUUUACCCUGAAAUAGAAUAAACUUCCUAAGAAGGGCAGGAAGGCUUUACCAGGGUUUGGUAGAGGAAGAAAAACUUGUUUUCAUAAAUAUUUGCUUUGUGAAGACACGGUGAAGAUAAUUGUUCAGGGCCAGGAUGUAGCCUAAUAGAGUGCGUGCAUGGCAUAUUUAAGGCCCUCAGUUAUCCCUAGCCUGACAAAAAGGUUUUCUUCCUAAUCUCUAAAGUCAAGUUGAAAGCUUUUAUUAAUUCUACGUGUAAUAGAGUUUAAAAAUAAGUUAUAUUCCAGUUUUUUCAGCAGUGAACUCCUAAGUCAAACCUAUCAAAUCCUUGUAAUGAACCUGUAACCAUUCGUCUUUUUAUAAUGAGAUUUUCUUAAAUUUGGUAAGAGAUUUAGCAUUUGACUCAGCUCCCUGGUCAGACUUGUUUUUUGAGGACCUGGACAGCGUUCCAUCCCUGGGAGUUAAAACCUGACAUAGGAUGAUGCUAUCAGAAAUGAGUCAUUUGGCUUGAAGCUGUGUGUGCCCUCUCAUGAAGCCAGCUUAUCUCAGAGCGUUUGUUAAUCUCCAGCGUUUAUGGCUGACUCUUUGAAUAUUAUAAUUUUACUCAGCCAUUCAUUGGAUGAAAAUUUGACCCUUAACAUGCUGCUAAAGAAACAAAUAGAAACUUAGUGCACGUCCAUCUAUUAAGUCAGGCACUGAGUCUGUGGCUCUCGUCUUCUGACCCGGCAGUACAAUUCUGUCUUGACAUUUCUAUACCAGUGCCAACACCACUCCUGGUCAAGACAGACAGAUCCUUAACCAGUGCAUAGCGCAUGCACUGGCUCCCUCUGCAGUCAGUGGGUCACCCCCCCACCCCCCUGUGCAACCCAGGUAGUCACUCCUCUACUCUGUCCCUGGGAAUUAAUCUUGUCUGUUCUAUUAUUUCAUUUAAGUUGAAUCAGAUGAGUUAUACUUUUGUGUUGAAGUUUUAUUUUUAGCUUAACAUGUUUUGACAUGUGUGCUGUUGUAUUUAUCAAUAGAUUGUUUCUUUUUAUUGGUGAAUAGUAUUCCUAUUAUAGUAUACUUCUUAUACUAAGUAAUAUACUACUAUUGGCCAAUCUGUGUAUCUGUUGAUAGAUACUCGGGAUAUUUCCAGUGUGGGAAUAUUUUGAAUAAAGCUAUUAUGGAUAUUUGUGAGCAAA